CAAAAAUUUCAUUCGAAAGAGUAAAGUGUAAGAAUUUUAUCGUAACCCAAAUUUUUCCAUUCUUAGAAGACGAUUGGUAUGCAUCCUAACAAAUUUAUAUCAAGCAUAAUCCAACUUCAUUGGAUUAAGCUUCUUGCGGUAUCAUGCAGCAAUCUUCCAGCGAGAUACUCACUACAAAAUGCAUAUGGAAAUUCACUCUCUCUAUUUGCCAGUCCCGUUAACACAAAUUUCAAACCUUUCAAUGAUUUAAUUCCUGUGCUGAUUUCAUCACAAAUAAGCCCCUCCCGUCCUGAAAGGUUUACAAAGUCGGAGAAAACUUUGGGCAUAUUUUUGAAUCAAAUAAGUGAUACUAAACAUGCCAACCAAUCUAGAUUUUUUGGAACAUUUUCUGGCCUUAUGGCUUCAGACAUAUUGCAAGUAGUGUUAAAUCACACAACUGGAAAUAUAACCCCCGUAAACAAACGAAAGCAACGCGAUUGCCUCAUAAUAUCGAACUCUAUCUUUCAAUAUUUCCCAUCCGGUUCCCGUUUGGAUGAUUAUUUUCGCCGGAUCGAAAGCAUCGUGUUGGAUUUCUACAGUUGGUUCAAGGAUGAAAUGGAAGCCACCUUAAAUAUAAAAAACAGACACAUCAUGCUUCUUAAAGUGAUUUCCACGCAUCUCAACCUAAGCUUUUCCUCCUGCGGUUCGGACCAAGAUCCCGAUGACAGGGACGAACGCGACAUAGAUUUCGCCAUUUCGUCGUAUAAACUGCAAAAACAAAAGUUACCAAAAGCUGUCCUUAUCCACUCCAGAGAAAAGUAUAAAAUUACAUUUGCUUCGGUAAAGAGUCGAGAUUUCACAGCAAUUUUUGUGACCCUUGUGAGACCUGUGGGUUGGAGAGUGUUUGCAUGCACUGCUACAUGUAUCACCGUUUUAACCCUUCUGCUUACAAUGUAUUCAAAAAUAUGCAAUUUCAAUGAAAUUACUACCGGAAAAGUGACAUUUCUCUUAAUUCGUGCACAUAUAGACCAAUGCACGACUUCUUAUGAGAUUCGUCAAAUUCUUCAUAGAAAAUUAAUGUUGCAAUUCGUAUACGUAAUUUGGUUAUUUUACUGCCUACUUAUUGCAGCAACGUAUAAGAGUAAUUUAGUUCAACAGUUACAGCAGCCUACGUCAACUGUGUGUGCAUCUACUUUUAAAGAAUUAUUGGAGGAUGGCCGCCCAAUCGUUGGACUGGGUGGCAAACGACCUGGGGAAUAUCCCAAUUUGAGGCAGAUUAUUAGAACGGAAGCGGAGAAACUUGCAAAUGAUAAGGAAGCAGAUAAGGCUAAUGUUUUACUAGAAUUACUAAAAGUCUAUGAGUGGUCUGAAGGACGAAAGCCGGAUCACAUUGUGAAAGGGAAAUUCAACAUGUUAGAAGAUGAAGUCAUGUUGAAAGUUAUUUUCGCAAUUAUGAAGAAUCGUUAUGCAGUUCAUCACUACCAAAUUGCUAAAGAUGUCAUUGUUAACAAUGAAUACUGGGCGGUGAAGUAUGGACCGCGGACAAGGCGAAUUGUAGAAAUCAUUGGUCGUUUGGUUAACGGAGGAAUAACUGACCACUUCAGGUAUUAUGACAUAAAAUACUGCAAUUCGUAAAAUAAUAUUGUUCUGAAAACAAUCUAAACUUAUGAGUAUUCGACCAAUCUAUAUCACGCUAAUCUAAAUACAUCCUGUGUGCUUGUAUGCAUAUAAUUAUCUAGAUCUCAACAGGAGCUCAUGGAGUACGCUGCCAGUCAAAACGUGUUAAAAGUGUAUUUCGCCCAAUUUUAUGCAGAUGCAGAUGGGGAUCCAGAAAAUGAUUAUCAAGACGAAGAUAUACACACUGACUCGUUGAAAGAAAAAAUGUCUUGGUUUCAACGCAUGAAAAGUAAUUUGGGAAAGUUUCAGGCAGAUUUGUCUGCCGUACCAAUUUCUUUAAGUAUCCGACACUUUCAAAUUAUUUGGAUACUGCUGGCGACGGGGACAUUUGUGUCACUGGCUAGUUUUGCGUAUGAAUCACUUCAUAAAAAAACCAGUAAAAAGUGGUACAUAUUUUAAUUCUCUUAUGACAAAUCCUUACAACAUUUGUGCACUUCACAUGCACUUUUAAUCACUAAAAGUUUGUAUCAUUUAACUAAAAGUAAGGCAUUUGUACUUAUUAAUUAAGCAUCAUCUUUGAGGUCAGCAUCCCACAGCAUUGGUUCAUCCCAAGAACACAGCUUCAGUAUGUUGGAACCGAUUUUGGAACCCCUUUUACCUGUUCCGCAACUGUAGAAUGAAUUGGUAAUACAUUUAUUAUCGUCCUUUAAUGCUGGCUGUCCGGUAUGUUUUUCACAAGCAAAUUUCCCCUCGAUUUUCAAUCCACACUCCCACCCCAAGGACAUAUCUGGAUGGAUAAUCAACAUUCAAUAUUUACAAAGCAACUUUAAAAAAUAGUUGACAGUUUUACCCAGUCCUACAAUCAGGAAGAUAACCAAUAGAUGUUUCAUUCUUUCUUUGUGAAAACAAAUUUUUAAAAUAUUUAUGUAUCAAUGUAUAUAGUUUUAAACCCAUUAUUUAAAACAUUUGAAUGAAAUAAUCGGGCAAACAUAAACUUGUCAACUUUGAAUGCCAGUCGAUCAUGGCUGUGAUAUCAAAAGUUUUCUUUACAAUUGAGAGCCAUUAUUAUAGGUCUAUUCAUUCAAGUUUAUGUCUUUUGUUGAAUACAUUUCGUCACAAAAUUUGUCCAUGCACAAAUAACUCUAAAUAAGUACCUGGAUAUUUAAGUAUGUACAUAAAUAUUAUCCUAACAUGGGUUCAGCCAUUGUUUAGUCAAGUUGAAAUGCGUCUGAGUUUGUGCCCAGACAUGCUUUGGAACAAAGAAAAAUAAAACCCGAUUCAUAAAAUUUAUUAAGAGCAAUUGACAAGCUACUUAAUUUUGCUUUAAUAAUGUACAUACCUCAAACUAGCAAAUUCUUUCCGUGGGCACACGGAAUCAUGAAUGAAAUUAUAUUAAACUAUGAUAAGUAUGUGUGAUAUGAUGACGUAUGGAUGGAUGUAUGUAUAGGUAUAUAUGUACGUGUAUGUUUGUACAUGCAUACAUGCGUCUGUAGUUUGAGUUUAAGAUAAGUACAGUAAAUCAUGACUAUUCAUUUCUUUCAUAGUGAAUACAUGAUUUCCUGGAUCAUGGUCUAAAAUGUGGAAAAUUUUGUAAAUGAGCGGACACAAGUUGACAUUUAACCCUUGAUGAGUAUGUAAUGAUGUAGCUAUUCGAUUUCAUUCUUAUCACGUAUAUGUAUUUAAAUCCACAUAAUCCUGUACAACUGGAUCAUAUGUAAAUAUGUGAAAAUAAAAAUUAUUUCAAAAGUAUACAACGUUUAGUAAAAUUGUAUUUGCAAUCAUGGACAGCACGAGUAUCAUUGGUACUUUUGUAGCGUACCUGUACUUAAUAAUUACAGAGUUGUAUAACUCAGAUCAACAAGAAUAUAGUGCUUUUACAAAUUCCACAGUAAAUUUAACUGACUUAAAUACAAGUGAUACCAGCAGUUUUCCUGAAGUGCAAUUUGAAAGUAUUAUCCAUUCUACCAGCCUUAGCCCUUUACAUGGAAGUUUUGGUGGAACAAACAUUACAAAAAUAGGCAGACAAAAAUUGUCCUUGAAUAUAUUUACAAAGAUGAAAUGUCCUUCAGGAAAAUCGUAUUCAAUAAAACAAUUGGCUUGCAUUCCUGUGACGGAAAACAUGGAUAAAUCAACAAUUGGAUAGUUGGACGCUUAAAAUAUGUAUAAGAUAAUCCAUAAAAUAGAAUACAAUUUUAUUUAUAAAUAUUGAUUAAUACACAUAUAUAUUCUUAA